AAAGUUAGCUAAUCCAAACCAUAUUGCAGUCACUUGGUGUCCUUCUGUUUACUGCAUUGCUCAUUGUUUGUUCUUCUCUCUCCCUCUUAUUCACAUUCAUCAUGGAUCAGUAUUUUCCCAAGGUAGAAACCUUUCUUCCCAAGGAACUAAUGCUGCCCUCUUAUUUUCAAGAAAUAGUUCAAGGAUCACAUAGUUUUACAGAUCCUAAUGUUUGGAACAUUCUUCAUUCCAAUUCUGAAUCGAUUUCUCCGGUGGAUGAUAAGUCUUGUGUGGCAACUUUGAGUACUUAUAACAUUCCAGACUUGGCAAGGACCAAUUUUCCUGAAGAUAGUUCUUGCAUUCCUCUCAAUUUUCUUGAUUUUUUUCCUCGGUUAAGUCAACCUACUCAUGAUCAUGUGUCUGAACCAAGUCUGAUUUCAUCAAGUGUUGAUGAGAAGUUUCCAAAUUUAAGUUUGUUUCUGAAUGAUCCUUCAAUUUUAAAUGUAUCUAAACAGCCAUCUGAAUCUGAAAUAUUCGAAUGCCAUAAGAACCAUUUGGUCCAAACUUCUCAACAUAGCGAUCAAGCCACUUCAGAAUGUCUAAGGAUGAAUCAGAGUUUGCUGACUAGUUACGCGCCUAAAGGUCUUAGUGACUACUGGCUCAGUGCUACAAAAACUCAGCCUAUGAAAAACUCAGGGAGACGAAUCCAGAAGCCUUCUUAUACAAAGCUGUUUAGGGGAGUGAGGCAAAGGCAUUGGGGAAAAUGGGUUGCAGAGAUAAGAUUGCCAAGAAACAGGACAAGGGUGUGGUUAGGGACUUUCGACACAGCAGAAGAAGCUGCUGUUGCAUAUGACACGGCUGCUUAUCUGCUAAGGGGAGAUUAUGCACAUUUAAAUUUUCCAGAACAAAAACACCAACUUAAGGCCAAUUCUAUGAAUGGCAGCACCGCAGCACUGCUUGAAGCAAAACUGCAGACAAUGUCUGGGAAUAACAAGCCAAGUGAAGUGAGAAAAGCAACAUCCAAGAAGACGUGUGAGGAGUCGAUAGAAACCAAAGAAUGGCAAGUAGAUGAGUUGAAGGGCAAAAAAGGAUUGGUAUCGAAUGAGAAAAAUAGAAGACCACAACAGGUUUUUUGUGCAGAGAAUGUUAAUGGUGUUGAUCAGUUAAGUAGAAUGCCGUCUUUGGACAUGGACACAAUUUGGGAUGCACUUCUUGUUUCUUCCGAUUCAUGAUGAUUUUAUAUACCUUGUUUCGGAAUUUCAUUUUAGAUUUUUAUCCAACUGUAUUCCAGUUUUGGAGGAUUCAUGGUUCUUUUUUUUUUUUUCUUGCAAGUGAAGCCUUUGUUUGAAACUUCUUCAUCUUUUAUUUCUCUUAUGCUAUUGAAUUUUUCGUUGUGUGUAAUUUUACCCUACUAUUUUGCU